UAUGCACAUCUUUGUGAGCGUUGUGUGAAUUGAACAUGGCUGUGAAUAUGGAACAGGCAGGGGUGCAGACUCAACUUCUUAUGGAAGGGGAAGAAGAUCGUCCCAUCUCAAGGUCCGACAGUGGCAGUGGAGAGGAUUCCUUAGACAGCCUGUUUCCAAGAUGUCCCCUGACCCCCUCACUGUCUCCACGGAAACGAACAACCAGCCAGAGCAAGACUGAACCGCCUCUGCUCAGGACCAACAAGAGGACCAUCUACACUGCUGGUAGACCACCCUGGUACAAUGUGACUGGGACCACAUUUAAGGAAGCUUUUGUUAUUGGUCUCUGUGGGGGCAGUGCCUCAGGAAAGACCACGGUGGCAAAUAAAAUCAUUGAGGCUCUGGAUGUGCCCUGGGUGGUGCUGCUCUCCAUGGACUCGUUUUACAAGGUUCUCAGUAAAGAGGAACAGGAGUUGGCAGCUAAGAAUGAGUACAACUUUGACCAUCCAGACGCCUUUGACUUUGAGCUGCUUGUCACUGUGCUGAGGAAGCUGAAGAAAGGGAAGAGCAUCAAGGUCCCAGUGUAUGACUUCACCACGCAUAGCCGGCGGAAGGAAUGGAAAACCAUCUAUGGAGCUAAUGUAGUGAUAUUCGAAGGGAUUCUGGCAUUCGCCAACAAGGAGCUGUUGAAGCUUCUAGAUAUGAAAGUUUUUGUAGACACUGAUUCUGACAUCCGGCUGGUCCGUCGUUUGAAGAGGGACAUCACCAACAGAGGUCGAGACAUCACAGGGGUCAUCAAGCAGUACAACAAGUUUGUGAAGCCGGCGUUCGAGCAGUACAUUGAACCUACGAUGCAGGUGGCUGAUAUUGUGGUACCCCGUGGUGGGGAAAACUUUGUAGCCCUGGAUCUCAUUGUACAGCAUGUCCAUAGCCAACUGGAAAAGAGGAAACUUCGCUGGGAUAUAGCUGCCCUGGCUUCUGCACACCAAGGUCAGCCCCUGCCUAAGACCCUCAGUGUCAUGGAGAGCACCCCCCAGGUCCGGGGCUUGCAUACUAUUAUCAGAAAUAAGGAGACAAACCGGGAUGAAUUUAUUUUCUACUCAAAGAGAUUAAUGAGGCUUUUGAUUGAGCAUGCUCUCUCCUUUCUGCCACUCAAGCCUGUUACUGUGGAGACUCCUCAAGGGGCAAUCUAUGAAGGGAAGAGGCUUGGUGGCAAAAGAAUAACUGGAGUUUCGAUCUUACGAGCAGGAGAGACGAUGGAACAGGCGCUCAUGGCAGUGUGUAAAGACAUCCGACUCGGGAAGAUUCUGAUCCAAACCAACCACGACACCGGGGAGCCAGAGCUGCAUUACUUGCGUUUGCCAAAAGAUAUAAGUGAAGAUUAUGUUAUUCUAAUGGACAGCACCGUGUCCACCGGAGCUGCAGCACUGAUGGCUGUCAGAGUUUUACUGGAUCACGACGUCCAGGAGGAUAAGAUCUUCCUACUGUCUCUCCUGAUGGCAGAGAUGGGAGUGCACUCUGUAGCCUACGCCUUUCCCAAAGUUCGCAUCAUCACCACCGCCGUGGAUAAGAAUGUCAACAAUGAAUUUCACAUCAUUCCAGGGAUAGGUAAUUUCGGAGACAGAUAUUUCGGAACUGACGCACCUUCAGGAUAUGAGAGCGAUGGCAGUAUGGACUGCUGAUGAAAGGGACCGUGCUGGGGAUGGAGUGGGGGUUAAAAGGCCCUCUUGUUAAACCACCUGGUUACAGCUGCUGUGUUACUACUUGUCUGGCAAACUCACCCAGUGGCUGUGAUAUUGUGAAACAUUUUACAAAAUUGUGGUUCAGUCUUUAUUUCAUACUGUACAUGAAUUCAUAGCUAACAGAUGAAAGAUGUGCGUCUUGUCAAUGACAAGACGCACAUCUUGUGUAAUCUUGUCUCUACUACAGGAUGUCCUAGGUAACUUCCUAUUUUAUCCUUAAAAUGGCUACUUAAAAAUACUCUUGUUUGAAAAAAGGAAAAGGACAUUAGUAGCUGUACAAGCAUUUUGACUUGCAGUGUACGAUAAUGAUUUAAGAAUAACUUUUCUUUGAGGUUGCUAAAAAGUGAACCACAAUGAACUAACUCAUCAAUUAAUAUAAAAAAGAGUUUUACAUGAGCUGGUCAGGUAUACCUUCAGUAUUUAAACCCCCAGCUCGCAUGAAUGUUGGCAGGACUAUAGGCCAGACAUGUUAUUGUGGCAAUGGACAUAUUUAAUUAACAAAAGUACUUGAACUGUGCUGCUGUGUGCUUGCUGUUAAUUUUUUUUGUUUGUUUUUUGUUUU